AUGCCUGAAAGCAUGAUCCAUUUGAUAACCACAAGCCAAUUUGAUGUCAACAACUUUGCCUGCCCCAAAAAGUACACAAAUGACGACGACGGUCACUGCUCUGAGCCCAUAGGCCCCAUACCUGACAUGCCAACCCUCGAAGACUCCCGCUGCACUGUCUAUUGCGAGAAGAGCGUUUGUUUUCACUGCGGAAAUGAGAAACUAUAUGACGACAGCGGGUGUCUAGAAAGGCAAGGAGAGUCUAAGCUGAUCAAGGGUAAAGAUGUUACCACUACCAGCAGUCAGUCGUGGACGGUGGGAGGAGCCAUCGACGGCGGGGCUGGCGUCUCAGGAGAUGAAGACUUUGACCCGGCGAGAAUUGUGCUGCCUCUUCGGACCCUUUGA